AUGGAAAGUGUAUUCCGGCAAUUUCACAACUAUGACUUUACCAAGAGCGCCUCUUUUCAGAGCACUCUCGAACAGGUUUACCAACAGUAUCUUAUCGUUCUCUCUGAUAAGGAUUUGGAAGUGAAACAAGAUAUUAGCAAUGGGGUUUUCAAUCCAGAGCGUAUCCCUGAAGCGGACAGGCUACAAUUACAACUUCAGACCAAGAUUUUUGUCUUUUGUUCAGAAACUGAUCAUAUUCUAGAGCUUGGCGAGUACGAGCAAUGGCUACAAAAGACGGAAAUGCCGGAUACAAAUAUAGAAAAACAGGUCGAAGACUCACAGAUGGAAGAUAUGCAAGAUCCGAAUAUUGUGGAAGGCGAUGACCAAUCGGAGUACACGUCCAAUUACCAGGCUGUUGUGGACAUGAUUGUCCAUAAUAAACCUAUUCCUGGAAUAAAACAAAUUCCUUCAACGGUCCUUGACCCAGCCGAAGCUUCAGAAAGCACCCUCCAACAACGCAAAAAACCUUGGGAAACUAAAUAA